GCGCGGGAUUCACUCAACCUGUGGUGUGUGUGUGUGUGUUGUGUACUGCACUGACUGCUUCUUAUCUUCUGUCACUUCUCAGAUUUAGAUACUUUUGGGGCAGAAAUUGAACAGGUGUCAUGUUGAGCCCAAAGCUGCUGACCCUGGUGCUCGUGGUCCGGCCCGGCAGAGUGCUGCUCGGCAUGAAGAAGAGGGGGUUCGGGGCGGGGAAGUGGAACGGGUUCGGGGGGAAAGUUCAACCUGGAGAAACCAUUGAAGAUGCUGCGAGAAGAGAGCUGCAAGAAGAAAGUGGACUGACGGUGGAUGAUCUGAAGAAGGUGGGAAACAUCAAAUUUGAAUUUGUUGGAGAAACCCAGCUCCUGGACGUCCAUGUUUUCAGAGCCGAUGAGUAUAAUGGAGAACCAACAGAGUCAGAGGAAAUGAGGCCUCAGUGGUUUGAAAGUGACAAAAUCCCCUUUGGUGAGAUGUGGGCUGACGAUAUCAUGUGGUUCCCCCUGCUGCUGCAGAACAAGAAGUUUGCGGGAUACUUCAAGUUUCAGGGCCACGAUGUGAUCCUCAGCCACACGCUGGAAGAAGUGGAGGAACUUUGAAACAACAACGGAGGAGCUGAGUGCCUGUGGACAUUUAUGAGCGAGACCAAAAAAAAAAAAAA